AUGGGUUUAAGUUUUUCAAAGUUAUUCAAUGACCUCUUUGGCAAGAGAGAGAUGCGUAUCCUCAUGGUCGGUCUCGAUGCCGCCGGUAAGACCACCAUCUUGUACAAGCUCAAGUUGGGUGAAAUCGUAACUACUAUUCCUACUAUUGGUUUCAAUGUCGAAACUGUUGAAUACAAGAACAUUUCAUUCACUGUUUGGGAUGUAGGAGGACAAGAUAAGAUUCGUCCUCUCUGGAGACAUUAUUUCCAAAACACUCAAGGCAUCAUUUUCGUUGUCGACUCCAAUGAUCGUGAUCGUAUUUCAGAAGCUCGUGAUGAACUCCAACGCAUGUUGAAUGAAGAUGAACUUCGCGACGCGCUCUUGUUGGUAUUUGCCAACAAGCAAGAUCUUCCCAAUGCCAUGAAUGCUGCUGAAAUCACCGAUAAGCUUGGCCUUCAUUCGUUGAGAAACAGACGUUGGUACAUCCAGACCACUUGUGCUACCAGCGGUGAUGGUCUUUAUGAGGGUUUGGAAUGGUUAUCCAACAACUUGAAGAGAGGAGCAUAA